AUGGAACGGACCAAGUACGAAAUCACCACCUUGUUGCUCACAUAUAAAAUUCUGGUGUCGGCAGGUAUCGCUCGAUUCGGACGCAUGCUUGAGACGACGCGGAUCCAGGGCGAUGAGCUGUACGCGGACAAAUGGGGCCGACUCAAGGAUUUUGGCACAGGGUUGUUCAACACGCUCGAGUUCCAUGCGCAGUAUGAGCCUACAGGUAGAUGCCUAAUGGUUGUGCAACGGGACGAUUACACCCGGAAAGAGAAGAAGAAAGGCACUUCAGAUGCACCAGAAAGACCUUUGGAUUCGAUCCCGACCACCGUAACCACCUCUGCGGGUCAAUCCAGCAACAUCGGCGCCCCAAACAUCGCCGAGACAAACACCAAUGUUAUCAAAAGCGAAAGUAAAAACGAUAUCACUGGUGAAGCGGGACCAGGGAGCGAGCCGCGGGUCCAUGAGCGAGUUCGUAGAUCGAAUACGGAAAAGUGGCUCGCUCAAGCCGCGCUCAUUCUCAAUCUGACCAAGAGUGCUGCCGAUGCGGCUGGUCUUGCACCGCUCAAAGGCGCUUGUGAGGGCGCAGUGACCGUCCUUGAGGUCAUCCAGGCUUUCAAUAACGGCAGAUCUGCUUGGAAUGAACUCGCCAAAACCAUUCAGAUGCAAAUCGGUGCAUUCAAUGCCCAACUAAACCAGCCUGGAAUCAACGACGUGGUCGAUGACUCGGUCAAAGGCCCGAUUGCAAACUACAUUGCUACGCUCAAGGAACUGCUUGCCGACGUGUGCGAAGACGCUGACAUCAACAAGACCAAUUUCGAGAAUAAAGAGGGGCUCUUGAAGAUGUUUGUGAAGCGCAGUGGCACAAGCAAGCUGGAAACGGAUAUAAUCAGCACCUACGAAAAGCGUUUGAAGGCUGCGGAAUCAAAAUACUCGUAUCUGAUUCCCACUUUCUUCUUUGCACAGUAUUCAGGCCUUGAGUAG